AUGACUUUGGAAGAUGCAAAUUGUCGUAGCCAGUUACGCAUGAGCAAAGAUGUGUUUGCCACACUAGUUAUCAUGCUUAAAAGAACUCAGUUUCUUAGAGACAAUCCUCAAAGUAAGGUAGAAGAACAAGUUGCAAAAUUCCUUCAUAUAAUUGGCAAUAAUUUGAGGAACCGUACGAUCAAGUUCUUUUACAGACGAUCAGGUGAGACUGUUAGUCGACAUUUUCAUCAAGUUCUUAAAGCCAUUAUAUCAUUGGAAGAUAUCUUUUUAAUGCAACCUGAUGGAUUCAACUGCCCUCCAGAGAUUAGAAACAAUCCCAAAGCCUUUGGUGCAAAGAAAAGGUUUCCAAUUUUAGGAAGUGGGAUAGAGCCAUAUUAUGAUGUUGACACUCAAGCAGAUAUUGUUUUGGCCUAUUGUAUUUUGCGCAACCACCUCAUGGGUAUUGAUCCCAAUGAUAGUCUUAUUGAGGAGGUUGAUACAGAGCUUAGAAGAGCACAAGUGGAAGGUGACCAAGAAUGCUCGGUAAAAAUUGACAAGAAACAUUUGAAAUGGAAUAAUCAAAUGGAUGUUGUUCUUAUCGACUCACUCUUGGACCAAAUGCUCAAAGGGCAAAAAAUUGGUGGUAGUUUUACAUCAUCGGCUUAUAGAGCUGCAAGCAAUGAGGUGAGUACCAAGUUUAGUGUACAUUGUGAUUUCGGUCAUGUAAAGAAUCAAUUGAAGACUUUAAAAAGGAAUCUUGCAAUGGCUAAAGAUAUGUUAACAAGUGAUAGUGGAUUUGGAUAUAAUCAUUCAACACAAUUGAUUGAAGCUACAACAGGUGUAUUGGCAACUUACCUCAAGGCAAAGCCUAAAGCUUCUCAGUUUCGACAUGCUCCGAUUCAAAACUUUCAAAAGUUAUGUCAACUCUUCGAAAAGGAUCGAUCAACUGGGAGUCUUGUUAUAGGUCCAAAAGAAAAGCGACUUCGUUGGGCUGGGCAACAAAUUCUUUUGGACGAUGAAAAUACUGAUCAGAUAGAGUCACUCUUAGAGAAUUUUGAUGGAAUUGGAACUCAAGAUGACCAAACUGCUGAAUUAUCUUUUGCAGCAACACUUGAUCGUGGUAACCUUCGGAACUACACAAAUGGACAAUUAUUUGAGGAGAUUGAGAAGGUUAGUGGCAUGAGUGAUGCUUCUCGAAUGAAGGUGUAUCAAGUUCUUGCUAAAGAAGGAUUUGGUGAAUCUAUGAAAAUAUCAUUAGGCUUGGAUUUUUUGUAUGUAGACUUUCUUAGUUGCUUGCUGCACUUGAAUGGUAGAUUCAGGGCAU